UAGUUCAGACUGCGCGCGGGGGGGUGUUGGUGUAUAUGUGAGUGGCCCAUAUGGCUUGUGUGUUAGGCCCAUCUAGAGGCCCAUGUACAGCUACUGUUUUACCCACCCUUUUAGAGUUUGGAUGAAUACACUGAGUAUUCUCUCCUACACGGAUCAAUACCAGUGUCAUUUCAAAAUUUGCUAAAUCUCCGUCGCAUCUGUCUUUGGGAAUCAGCUCUCAGGGAAUCUCGAUUUCCUGGCAGUAUUAUCCAAAUGCAGGAGCCUGGAUACCAUAGACAUAGCAGCAAAUGAAUUCACAGGGAUACUACCACCCUACAUGGGAAACCUCAGCACAGCGCUGCAAUAUUUCAUAGCGGAUGAAAACAUGAUCACUGGAAGCAUCCCUAGUACAUUGGCUAAUCUGAGCAACCUGUUGGUACUGUCUCUCAGUGGAAACAAUCUAAGUGGGAAGAUCCCCACAACAAUCACUGCAAUGAAGAAUCUCCAAGAACUCUAUCUCUCCAACAACAGCUUGUCUGGCUCACUCUGCUAAUGGUUUGAAAACCAAUCCAAAACCACACCAAACCAUUUCAUUAUUAAUAUACUUUAGAAAUCAAACCAACUCGAUCCACUUGCUAUUCCACCCAAACCAAUCCAAACUUCACUGAUGAUAACUUGCUAGGGGCUGGAAGCUUUGGGAAAGUCUUCAAAGGUGAAUUGGAUGAUGGAUCUGUGGUUGCAAUAAAGGUACACUAAACAUGCAGCAUGAACUAGCUUCCAAGAGCUUUGACACAGAGUGCCGUGCACUACGAAUGGCUCGGCACCGGAACUUGGUGAAGAUAAUUACCACUUGCUCCAAUCUCGACUUCAGAGCACUAAUUCUUGAGUAUAUGCCUCAUGGCAGUUUGAAUGAUUUGUUGUACUCAAAUGAUGGGAGGCAACUCAGUUUCCUCCAAAGGGUUGGCAUAAUGCUGGAUGUUGCAAUGGCGAUGGAGUAUCUCCACCACCAGCACUUUGAAGCUGUCCUGCAUUGUGAUUUAAAGCCAAGCAAUAUCUUGCUCAAUCAGGACAUGAUUGCACAUGUUUCUGACUUCGGCAUUUCCAAGCUGCUAGCUGGAGAUGAAAACUCCAUCACGUUAACAAGCAUGCCUGGCACUGUAGGAUACAUGGCUCCUGAGUUCGGAUCAACAGGAAAAGCAUCACGUGCCAGUGACAUUUAUAGCUAUGGAAUUGUUCUCCUUGAAGUCUUCACAAGGAAAAAGCCGACUGAUGCAAUGUUUGUUGGUGAGUUGAGCUUACGACAGUGGGUUAGUCAAGCAUUCCCACAUGAACUCUCAAAUGUCGUUGACAGUAGCAUAGUGCUAGAUGAGUUGAAUAAUGAUAUUAGAGAUGCAAGUAGGCCUCCUGAGAAUUUCAGCAUCUUGAAUACCUACCUGGCGUCCAUAGUUGAGUUGGCCUUGCUAUGCUCGAGAGUUGAACCCGAGGAAAGGAUACCAAUGACUGAUGUGGUAGUGAUGUUAAACAAGAUCAAGUCAGACUACAGUCACAGCUUGGAAAGUAAGGUUUUUUCAACAUAACACCUGAUGUUCCCAAUUUUUACCACAUUUUGGUAAAAAUUAAAUGUCUGAGCAAUCUGAUCAGCAAGGACUGGGAGGAUAAUAACACUUUUCAAGCAUGGGCACGAGUCGCCAAGAAAUAAAGUCUUCAGUUCAGAAAUCAGAAGUACUGGCCAAAAGCCCACAAGCAUUCAAUUGCCAAGGCACUCAAAUCACAGAAACAACAACUAUGCAAGAUUGGAACACUAAGACAGAUUGGAAUUUACAUAUUUUUUACAGUGCAACUAAAUUAGUCCACGGAGGAU